AUGAUAAAGCGUCGCGACUAUCGCAUGCUUCAUCAAGAAGACGGUCUCGCGGCCGCCUCCAGCGACGACUCGAGCUCGUCGAGCGACGACGACGACAAUGUCGCCUCACGACGUCCUUCCUCUCACCCUCCACCCCCUCUCACCCUCCGCCCCUCUCAACCCCUCUCUCACCGCUCUCAUCCUCCCUCCCUCUGUCUUCGCCUGUCCCCUCCUGCGAGUACAGAGGAAGAUCAGGAGGUGCAGGGGGGUGGUGGGGACAGCGAGGAGGGAGAGAGUGGGAGAGGUGAAAGUGAGAGUGACUCAGAGGAGUCGGAGGAGGAGGGGGGAGGAGCAGUUGGGGUGUCUUCUCAGUGGGAGGAGCUUGUUUCUGAGGAGGAGAGGGAGAGAGAGGAGGAGAAACGGAGGAAGAAGAGGAGGAAGAAGGGGCGGAAGAGUGGGAGCAGUGACAGUGAUAGCAGCACAAGUGACGACAGCAGUGACGGAGGGGAGGAGGGAGAAGAGGAUGGGGAGGAAGAUGAGGAAGAGGAGGGAGAGGAGGGAGAGGAGCGGGGGGAGGAGGAGGGUGGCAAAGCAGGGAAGCGAAAGAGGAAAGGCCAGCGGGAGGGGGAGGCAUUUAAAGACAUGGAUUUUGGGGAGGGGGGAGAGAUGGUGGUGAGAGUGGUGGGGCAGGGAGGAGGGGGUGUGCUGCGGUGCAGAGUGUGCCCUCGAGUGCUCUGUGUGAACAGUGACAACAUGAAGAAACACCUGGCGUCCAAGAAACACGUGGCAGCUGUGGGGAGGCAUGAGAGGGGCGAGCUACAGGUGGUGGUGAACAGCGAUGGGGAGGUGGAGGCCAUCGGGGAGACCCACGCUGAACCAGAGUCAGCUACCCCCAAAGCCAUAGAUAGGCCCUUCUUCAUCUCCCUCCCCAUAUCUCCGAGUAUUCCCAAAAGUUAUUUCCUCUCAUCCGUCUCCCCGCCUCAAGUUCCACUGGCAGACUAUGCAGCAGAGAUUGCCUCGCACAAGGCCAUAGACUACGCAGCAGAGACGGCCACGCACAAGGCCAUAGAAGUUUCUUCCAAAGCCCUUCGUGAUGCUCAGGCGACUGGGGAAGCCCCACCAACGCUCGUGAUUGCUGCCGACACUGUGGUGGAGAUUGAUGGUGAGCUUUUAGAGAAGCCGGUUUCUAAGGAGGAUGCAAUCCGCAUGCUUUUGCUCCUAUCAGGCCGCAAGCAUCGGGUUUUCACGGGAGUGGCUCUUGUGCUGCCAGCUGUCACCGACCCUCUGAUUGGCCGAUCGCCUCUUCUCCGCUCUUUUCACGAGUGCACUCAGGUUGAGUUUGCAUCAUUGUCGCAAGCGGAGGUCGAGGCUUAUGUGGCAACAGGCGAGCCCAUGGACAAGGCGGGGGGGUACGGCAUUCAGGGGCUGGGGGGGUGUCUGGUGAAGGCGAUCAACGGGUGCUACUUCAACGUCAUGGGACUGCCUCUUAACAGGUAG